CGUCCAUACGUCGUUGGCAGUGAACGGAACGAAGCGUUGCGUUGUGCGUUGUAUAGAUCGGCUAGCCGUCUGGCUGAAAAUAGUGAACGAAGUAUGAGUUUUCAAAAUAUGUUCGAAUAAAAAAGUGUACAAAGUGUGUGACUGUCAUCGAGCAAGAUGGUUGAUGACGUGAAAGAUAUUACCGAAAAAGCUGAAAGUAAAGAGGCCCUUGACCGAGCAAGAUUAGCGCGCGAGCGACGCGAGGCGGAACAAAGAAAGCGCCUGGACGAGUUGAGAGCGCACGCGGCCGCGGCGCAGGCGCAACGCGAGAAGAGAGAUGAAGACAGGCGGAAGAGGCAGGCGGAUCAGCGCGCAAGAGAUGAUGACAGACGGCAACAGGAGGUGGUCUCUGAAAAAUCUGGGCGGUUCAAUGAAAAGGUAGAAGAACGUAAACGCGCGAUAUGGGAAGCGUCCAUAUCGCGGCGGGAGGCGUUACUUCAACGGGAGCGCGACCGCACCGAAAGGCUCGAACGGGCCCGCGCGGCUCGAUCUGCGCCGCGGCCGGCGUUCGCCUUCGGAUCCUCUACUCCAAGACUGCUGGAACCGGUCGACUCAGCUGGCUUCUUCUGGGCCGCGCGCAGUACCAACCCACUAGAUCAGAUGAACUUUUUUGAGUCACUGGCGGCAUCAACGACAAAUGUGAUGUAUGCGUCUGCGCCGCUCACCCGACGAGCCUCCGCUCUUCAGCUGGACUCAUCCGACACUGACAAUAAAGGAUUGAUGUUUUCGAGUUUUCACGAAGCGGACCGUUCACCACAAGCUGUGAUGUGGUCAUCCGUUGCCCGGAGACGGACCGACCUGGUCCCAACGGUGCCAGCGCCACGUGCCCCAGGUAGAGCCUACUCCAUGACGCGGCUGGACAAAUUGGCCACCCGGCCAUUACACUCCGCGUCGCCAUCCAUGCACCAUCUCAACAGGAGCCAGACGCGCUCAGGCGAAACGACCCCGGGUUCUCGUCCCGGAAGUGCAAUGUCGAACGCGACGGGCGUGGUACGGAGGGCGAACUCCGCUCCGCGGAAGCCACGCCCUGCCUCUAUCGCCGGCACCGGGUGUAAUACACCCAGAGGUGAAACAGGUGGUAUCAGCGCUACUUCUACUCCGGCAGUAUCCCGCGAUGGAUCAACAGUAGCGCGGCCAGCCACUACUCCGCGACGGCCCAGACCUUUAUCAUUACACGUCUCAUCUAAACCUGUGACCCCGCUAGGACCUGGCGAGGGUAAACCGCCAAUGCAUAGGAAGCCAAAGCCAGCCAAAGAUCAAGAUAAGAGUCGCGGUAAAUCCCAGUCGGCGUCUCCGGGUCGUCCCUUGUCUCCGUCGCCCGCACACACCAAAGAGACCAGUGUCGACAAGGAAAUGUCUAAGUCGAUGACGUCAGAGCGACCAGUGGACCCCCAACAGGUGACGCAGAAACUAGAGGCAUUGCAGGUGUACGACGAGCCGAAACACAUAAUCGAUAAUAAAGAAAAUAUAGAAACAAAUAUAGAAACGAAUGUAAGGAAUGUAGAACAGACAACAGAAGUCAAAAUCGAAGUUCAAAAACCAGUGGAAAAAGAAGAAGCGCAGAAGAUUGUACAGAAAGAAUCACAGAAAAUUGAGCCGAAGAAGGAAUCUUCUGUUGAAAAGAAUGACGAGAACGAAAUGACAGCGUCAAUGAUAUCUCGUCGUAUAACGACUGAAGGAGAGGCCAAAGCCGCUCUCGCAGAGAGACGAAGGCGGGCUAGGGAGGAGCUUGAACGGCAAGCGGAGUUGGAGAGGGUCAGACUGCAACGUGAAGCCGAAGAAGAAGAAGAGCGACAACGUCAAGAGGAAGAAAGACAACGUCGCGAAGAAGAGGAAGCUAGGGAACUGGCUGCGCUGCAGAGAAGAAUGGAAGAAGAGAAACUUAAGAAGGCUAUUGAGGCACAACAACAACUAGAACGUGAUGAAGCCGAACGAAAGGUUCGCGAGGAGGUAGAGAAACAGGCGAGACUUCGCGAAGAAGAAGAAAAGAAACGAGCAGCAGAAGAGGCGGAAAAAAGCCGUAAAGAAGAACUUGAAAGAGAGGAGAAAGAAAGGCUCGCACGGAAACAGAGAGUUGAAGCUAUUAUGGCGAGAACUAGGCUUAAGAAGCAAGCGGAAGAAGAUAAAAAGAAACAUGAACAAGAUAAAGCGCCAGUUAACCAAAGCGCUGAAACACAAAAUCAGAUUUCUGCACAACCGCCAGUCCCAAAGAUAGAACAAGUGGCUCAAGACACGACACAUUCUAAAUCCGUACAAGACAAACCAUUGGAUAGUGCUAAUGUAACGACAGUUACGGAAAGUGUAAAUGUAACAACUAAUGCUACAGAAAGUGUAAAUGUAACAACUAAUGCUACAGAAAGUGUAAAUGUAACAACGAAUGCUACAGAAAGUGUAAAUGUAACAACAGUUACAGAAAGUGUUAACGUGUCAGAACCUGAUACAAUAAAAGUGGGAGUUCCCAUAGUUUCUGAAUUAAUCAAUGUAGCAGAACCGAUUUUGGACCUAAAUGUAUCGGAUUCAAAAGUUUCCGAAAUUGUAAAUUUACCAAAUGUGGUAGACAGUUUAAAUGAAUUAGCUAAGGAUAGCGCAAAGGAAGUCACGGAUAACGGAAAUGUACAAACUGAAGAUUUAUUGUCGCUCGCUACUAGUCAGCCGGAAGGUAAGUCGGAGAGCUGGCAGCCUCACAACGGGAAUAUCGCACCCCUCGCCCCUCUCGCUCGCACCGAUAACAAACUUAGUCAGGAUUCUGGCGAGCAUUCCAGCAAAAUGGACAACGCCAACGUCGAGACCAACAAUGGCAACGUGUCAAACGUGGGCCACAUAUCCGCUAACUUCCUCCACUCGGAGAGAAUGUCCGAACACAACCAGAAGGAGGAGUUUACGACGCACAACGGGCACGGAAUAAGCCACCCGUUGACCUUGCAAAACGCGAUCUAAGAGAAUUAGGAGUCGGGUAUGCGUAUUGGCUAGCUUCGGUCAGCGUUGGCCGACGUCGGAGCAAAUGUUCGGGAGUUAUCGAUUUGCGGAGCAGAUUUUGAUAAUUAAAAAAAAAAAUCCUUGUUUCGAUCCAUGAAUUGUGUUGUCGAUGUUGCCCUUGUUUUACGGUGCCUUUGUUUCUGGUGCUGUGUGAAUUGAAAUUUAAUUCUAGCCGAUAUGUAUACGUCGACGGAAUGGCUAGCGGCAAAUUUGCGCCUCUUGUAAUAUUCAAUGUAAUUAUUGCAUUUAUGGAAAUCCAAGAUUUAAAACGUUGCUAUUGCUAAGCGAAUAAUCACAGCUUGACGUUCCUCGUUUAGAAAAUUUUAAAUGUAUUUUCAUAUCGGAACAUAGGUCCUUAGGAAUUUUAUGGUAAUAUGUCAUCAUUUUGGAUUUAUUCGGAUAGGUUGUGUAUAGAACAGCUGUGCUCACAGCGUAUACAAUAAUUAUAAGUUUUUAUUUAUUGUGAUUUUUUUAUUAAAGUAAUAAUCAAAUUUGGUUCGGUAGAUGCUGCUUAGUUGGUUUGAAAUAUUCAAUUUCUAUUCUGUUACUAAUGACGCUAUCUACGCGAGAAGGGUGGCAUUAGCCCGAUGUUUAAGUGCGAGCGAGAUAGACGUACUCUUUAAGCUCCUUUUCGUUUGCGUGAAAAUUGCACCUAUAUUGGGAUUACACUUAGGUAUUUUCCUAAACUUUUAGUAUUUUAAAUUGAUUGAGCUAUUUCACCUUUCAAAUGUCUUACCCGGUUUGAUUCCUAAAUAUUACGACAGUUCAAAUAUACUUUAUUGAAUGCUAAAACGGCUAAACAUAGGUAGUUGAGUUUUUAAGAAAUUUGAAAGGCGGAUUAAUGAGAUGCGAAACGCUGAUUUGUUAACUAUUAAGUAAUUGCAUAAACAAUUUUGUAUAAUAAGUAGUUAGCGUUCUAUGAAAUUUAAUCAAUUCUUUUGUUCCAUACAAUAUUCCCUUUUUAAGACUAAUUUGCGCUUUAUAUCUGAUUUGUCACUAGGCAAUUUGACAGGUGGCAAAAUAAACGCCCAAAAACUUGGAUACUUUUAAAAUAUUAUGUAUUAGUAGUGAUAAAUUGUAAUAACUAUUAACCAACAUAAUCUACACUCUAUGUGUAAUUUCGAUUUUCAUUUUGUCUAUGAUGUGUUAAGUAUCGAAUUUUCCAAGUUAUGGUAUUAUCUAUGAAAUAUUAAUGUAUCAUAGACAGUCUGCUUGUAAAAUUUGCUAAGCGUCCAUUUUUACGGUUUCCCUAAAUAAUCAUGUAGUAUACAAAAAUGGCCUUAUCAUUUUUAUUAGCGACGUUAUGUGUUUGUCAAACCGCCAUUUUGUUUAAAUUUUUUUAAAGGAUAUAGGGAACAGUAAUGAUCUACAGCAAUGAAUGCUAGAAGUAAUUAAUUUUACGUUAAUGACAGAUGUCAAAUAGUGAAUAAAAUUUACAAGCAAUUAUAUGAUUAUUUUAGGGAAAUGGAUAAAUUUAAUUGCAUUUUGUAAAGAAUUCCUUAUAUUAACGAAAUAGAUCAAAAUGGCGGUUAGACAUAGGGCAACGAAGGUUGUCGGAAUAAUGUAUUUAUCACGCAAGACACGGCUUCUGUACAUGUUCAUCUAUAUUAUGUUAGCAAUCGAUGGAUUUAUAAGAAGAAAAGAUUUAAUAAAAAAUAUUUAAAAAU